AUGCAGGGCGUCCAGACAAUAAAGCAGGCUUCCAAAGUUUGCCCAGAACUAGUCCCUUUGCUUUUGCUUUGCUCCAGCUCGCAGCCGAGCCGUAAUCUGUCCGCGAUCACUGAUGGUAAUACGGCCAUCACCGUCGCCAUCACCGUCGCCAUCACCGUCGCCCAUGAGGUGGUUCAUCUACUCACCGGCUACCUGACCGGCAAGAAAACCCCUCAUACUCCGCUAGAGAUUUCUCCGUCCCACUAUGGAAACAAGUGCAGCGGCGAAUCCGGUGUGCCGUACUUGAUCGCCGACGGCCACAAGGACGCACCUACUAGACUCAUCUCGACGAACUAUAUUAACGAGUUCCUGAACGGUAAGCAGCCGGGUCCCUCGUUUGCAGAGCAGUUAGAUUGCGCCGCUUCCUACGGGGAAGCGCCCGAUGAAGGCGACUACUCCACUUCCUACCAAGUGCUGCCACAGGAACGCGGGUAUAGCACCGAUACUUUUCUAGAACCACUGGCAGGCUUCAUGACGGAUCCGCCAAUCGACGAUGGACCUGCUCUUCUCGAGUACUUCCCAGAGGACAGCCAAGACGAGGCACUUAUGUCGUUUGGUUCGGCCGCAGAUCCACCGGCAAGCUUCGCGGGGGAUUCAUACGCCACAGCUGCAAUGGGAGAGCAGCAGACGGCGGCCGCAGAUGAUUACUGGAGUUUGAGUGACAGUCGUAAGAAGUGGUAUCAUUUGAAUGAGGAUGGGUCUCGUGAGUGGCACAAGAAGCCUAUUCUAAACGAACGCCACCGCCUCCUGCAUUCCGGGUUCUACAUCGAUGCAUUUACCAUGGCCUCGCCGAGUAGUUCCAACAAGGUGCGAACACUUAGCAGCUGCUACGAAGAAAUUCAGUUGGGCACCAACGCACCUACGCAACAUGCUCCCGGCGGAAAUGGAAUUCAUACGAGUCGCCUAUCUUGCCUGGAUAAUGCCAGCAGGCUGGUCGCAUGCCAGCGGCCGGCUGUGUGCGGCCAGGCUCCGUUCGCCGUCAGCUUGUAG